UCCCAUCAUCCAUUACAACAAUACACACACACAAAAAAAAUACUCAUAAUAUGAAGAUGGCUUCCACCAAGACAUGUCACGGCCUUCUCCAGUUCAUGGUGGCAGCAACCUCUUCCAUCAUGUUAAUGUCUUCACUCUGUCACCACUCCCAUGCUCAGAACACGGCGCAGGACUACGUGAACGCCCACAAUGCUGCUCGAGCCCAGGUCGGGGUGGCCAACAUCACGUGGGACGCGACGGUGGCUGCAUACGCCCAGAACUACGCCAACGCCAGGAUAUCAGACUGCAGCUUGGUCAAAUCGGGAGGUCCCUACGGGGAGAACCUAGGCAAAGGAAGCAGCUCCGUCUUCACCGGGACCGCCGCCGUGAACCUCUGGGCGGCGGAGAAACCGUACUACGACUACGCGUCGAACGCGUGCGUGGGAGGGCAGCAGUGUUUGGAUUACACGCAGGUGGUGUGGGCGAACUCGGUGAAGUUAGGGUGCGGCAGGGUUCAGUGCAACAACGGCUGGUGGUUCGUCACUUGCAACUACGAUCCCAAGGGCAACGUCCCUGCCCAGCGCCCUUAUUAAUUGAAGGAAUGCCUCGUCAUAAUUACGUAUAUGUUUAAUCAUCCCCACCCAACCCAUAUAAGGUAUAAUAUAUGUAUGCCACGUGCAACCCAAAUAAUAAUACUAAUAAUACAUAUACCAUGUUCCAUCGUUUUAUAUAUUUAUACUAUUUAGUCCUUAUUUUGCUUUCAAGUGAUAAUGUAUUUUUUUGUUUUUGU